UUCCGUCCCAUCAGCGAAGAGCAGAUCUGGUUGCUGCCUCGCCAUCAUCUGCUAGCAACUUAGCUGAAUGAGAAGCUAGCCCAUAUUCCAAAGACUGUUUUCUCUUAUUGUGUUGACGUAAGUUUACUCUUCUAAAGGGUCGUCCAGGAGACUGCGCCGAAGAUGCAGUUCAUGCUGCUGUUCAGCCGCCAGGGUAAGCUGCGCCUCCAGAAGUGGUAUGUGCCUCUUUCUGACAAGGAGAGGAAGAAGAUCUCCAGAGAUCUGGUUCAGACCAUACUGGCCAGGAAGCCCAAAAUGUGCAGUUUCUUGGAGUGGAGGGACCUGAAGAUUGUUUACAAGAGAUAUGCCAGCCUGUAUUUCUGCUGUGCAGUGGAGGAUCAGGACAAUGAGUUGAUCACUCUGGAAAUCAUCCAUCGAUAUGUGGAGUUGUUGGACAAAUAUUUUGGCAGUGUGUGUGAGCUGGAUAUUAUCUUCAACUUUGAGAAGGCCUACUUUAUCCUCGAUGAGUUCCUGUUGGGUGGGGAGGCCCAGGAAACCUCCAAGAAGAACGUGCUGAAGGCAAUUGAGCAGGCUGACCUGCUGCAGGAGGAGGCGGAGGCCCCACGCAGCGUUUUAGAGGAAAUCGGGCUGACAUAGAUGUCACUUUACCACACCAACACUGACCUGGCUACCCCUCAUCUUGUUCUCUCCCGUUUACAGUAUCAGUGUUGUACGUAUGUAAUCGACAUGUCUUUGCUGUAUUAUUCGGAACUGUGCUAUGCUGCAAUGUCUUGUGACUGUGAUGCCAAGUGUGCUUCAACGUGUCUCCUCUGUAGCAACCCCCCCAGUCUGCUGGAUGAUAAAACUACACUUUAUUUGUGGAACAUCUCAAAGAACAAUGUAGCAGCAUCAAACUAAACAUACACACUGCAUCAUUAUCAAUUAUUAGCUCAAUCGUCACCUCCUGUUGUAGCUCAUGAAAAUAUAACGUCAAAUAAAAUUGAAGUGUACAUAUAAAGACGCAGAUGCAUAGCUGUCAAUUUAAUGCAGUUAUAAUGCAUAAUGCAAGAUAUGCCCAGGCCAACAUACUGUGUGCAAACAGCACCUCAGUACUUAAGUGGGCUGUUGGUGACACCUCCCACGUAAUUUGUGUCAUUUCAAGACUUAGUGUUAAAUGUGUCGUUUCUCUGCAGUGUUAUAUCUGUAAACAUCAAUUCAUUACUUUGUGUUAAAAUGUCCAGAAGAAAUUUAAGUCUCAAGUCAGAAUAAGUGACCCUGAUAGAAAUAGCUCUAUUUUCUUUACGAUGAUGCUUUGGUUUACAUUUAAACACCAACAUAUAUGACCAAAGAACACUGUGUUUUACAUUAUUAAUGGUGUCUACGGAAGGUGACCCCAACAAAAAAAGGGAGUUAGUGUUGCAAGAUCUUUGGAGCAAAAUAUUUCCUGGCCACAAUAUACGUACAAAAAACAUGUGCGGUCAGAAUCCAAUGAAUGAUAUGUUAAGGUACUGUAUUUACCUGUCAAGGGAAACUUAAGAAGCAUAAGUGCACAUCAUCACAUCUCCGCACAAGUGACUCUUUAUACAUGGGCUUUGCCGUCAACUUCUUCACUUUUCAGUAUGCAGCAGGACAAUAUAUUGUGAAUACUUGUACAUUCUCACUUACACGUAUUCAUUCAACAAAUCAAGUUUAGCUUUCAUUUCUGCACAAGAAACCACUGUUUUUUUUUAUUCAACACCAACCACCAUGUUUACAAAUGGUUCUUACAUUUGACAGAAUAUUUAACAAUAAAUGUCUUCAAACUGAAAC